AUGUCGGCCUCGCUUCCUGGCAACCGCGCCCUACCGGCAUCGCAGUAUGAUUUGAACACAUACUGGGGUCGCGUGAAGCACUCUGCCAACUUGUCUGAUCCAAGAACAUUGUUCACAUCCUCUGCUGGUCUCGAACAUGCAAAGGAAUUGGUUACAUCCUACAAGCAAGGCAAGAUCCAAUCCAUGACUCCCGAGCUGUGGCAGGCAAAGAAGCUCAUCGAUGCCACCCUUCACCCUGACACCGGCGAGAAGGUCCUCCUUCCCUUCCGCAUGUCGGCUUACAUCUUCUCCAACCUGGUCGUGACAGCCGGUAUGCUCACUCCCAAUCUUACUACCGCUGGUACCUUGGGCUGGCAGAUUGCCAACCAGUCUCUCAACGUUGCCAUCAACUCCUCCAACGCCAACAAGUCUAUUCCUCUCUCUACCUCAACCAUGGUGCAAUCCUACUUCCUUGCUGUCGGCGCAAGUUGUGGUGUUGCUCUUGGUCUUAAUUCAAUCGUUCCUCGCCUGAAGCGUGUCAGCCCUAACACCAAGAUGGUUCUGGGUAGACUGGUGCCAUUCGCUGCUGUGGCUAGUGCAGGUGUGCUGAACGUAUUCCUCAUGCGUGGAGAGGAAAUCCGCAAGGGCAUUGACGUGUUCCCCACUGAGACCGAGGCACAAAAGCUCAAGCGCGAGGAAGCCGGUCAACCUUUGGAAUCGCUUGGAAAGUCGAGAAAGGCAGCCACUCUUGCUGUUGGCGAGACUGCUAUCUCCAGAGUCAUUAACGCUACCCCUAUCAUGGUUUUGCCUCCUUUGUUGCUGGUUCGUCUGCAGAAGACUCAAUGGCUGCAGCAGAGACCGAGAAUGGUUACUCCUGUCAACUUGGGUUUGAUUUUCGCUACUAGUGUUUUCGCCCUGCCUUUGGCUUUGGCUAUCUUCCCGCAAAGACAGGCUGUCAAGGCCGAUACUCUGGAGGCUGAGUUCCACGGUCGUGCUGGUGAUGAUGGCUGCGUGGAGUUCAACAGAGGUAUCUAG